AUGUCGCAACUCGCCUUGGUCUCCAAUAGUUUUCUAGAUGAUGGAGCAACGAAAAUACGGUCAAAACCGGUGCCGUGGGAGGGAUACCAACGAGCAGAAUUGAUAACGAGCGACGAGCUAACACUCAUCAAACGUGUGGAUAGACAGCCACGAGCAAAGAUCGAGUCGAUUCUCGUCACAGACGGACCGCAGUAUGCGCUGCUCUAUCUUACCUUGCUCAAGAAGAUUGAGCGUGUCGAUACUAUGCAAAACAUUCUUGUUUUGAUUGGUGACUCUCUUCUCGAUCAUGACGAGCGUAUACCGCUGUUCCUCGCUACAAAGAAGAUUGAUACCGAGCUUCCUUACACUCCAUUCCUCAAGACGUUUGAAUCGAGUGAUGAAUGGGUACAGUUGAAGGCUUGUCAAAUUGUGACAACUCUGAUGAGUGCAGAACCAGGUACCCUUCAGCCCCAGCAAUAUUCACCAUUGCUACAUACACUCUCGUCCCUUGUACAAGGGAGCUCGGUAAACGGUAGAGAUGUCGCGGUUCAAGCCCUAGAAGCACUGCUACCUCGCUCUGAGGUUCGCAAAACCGUCUGGCAGAUGCCUGCAAUUCUGAACGGACUGGUAUCCAUCUUGAAGAGUGACCCAGGUCCUCAAAUGACGUACCAAGUCACCUUUUGUUUAUGGCUGAUGACAUUCGAAACGGAAGUGGCCAAGGAGAUCAACAAGCAGUAUGAUAUCAUUCCGUUACUCAAGGACGCUGCUCAGUCGGCAGUCAAGGAGAAGGUGUCGAGGGUCAUCAUUGCAACAUUUAGAAAUCUGGUCACCAAGGCUCCUCAGAACAACCUCCCCUCCAUGCUCGUCGUACAAUUGCUCCCUUUCAUCAAGACACUUUUGGCAAGGAAGUGGACCGAUGAAGACAUUGUCGAGGACCUCCAGUUCCUCAAGGAUGAGCUUACAGCAAACUUCCAAAGUCUGACAACAUACGAUGAGUACACCUCGGAGCUUGCCUCUGGUCAUUUGUCAUGGACUCCGGUACAUACCUCGGACGAUUUUUGGAAGGAGAAUGCAGUCCGACUGAAUGAGCGCGACUACCAACAACUCCGAGUUUUGAUUGGCCUCCUACAGAGCUCUACGGACCCGCUCGUCCUCGCUGUUGGCUCACACGAUAUUGGCCAAUAUGUCAAGUUCUACGACCGGGGUAAGAAAAUCGUUGCCGACCUAGGUGGAAAGACAAGGAUCAUGGAGCUAAUGGGUCAUGAAAACGGAGAUGUGCGGUAUGAGGCGCUGAUUGCCGUCCAGCGACUCGUGAGCCAUCCAUGGCGGAAGAUGGACUUGAAAGAGUUGUGGCAAACUCAGGGCGACUUGUCUGGUCGCGCGUCGGGGCAAACGUUAGACACGGCCACAACUAUGGGCAAAAGAAAGGUCCACUUUGACGAGACGGCGGAGGCCGUAGACCCGGAUAUAACACUAAAACAACGCAAGAAAGCGAAAGCUGUCGAACAGGAGCGCGAACUACUCCCGGCAGACUGGAUCCAGCCACAAACAGACGAGUUCCCCGACUCGGAUUCAAUGGCCAGCUAUGACGAAGAGGAACAAAAGACGCGUGCCGAGCAUCAGUUGAGAUUGUUGAUGGACUAUGCCGGCAUCUUCAGGGACCCACCUAUCUUUUUGGAUGUUGAUCCCAGUACGGGAAAGCCCAUAGAGAAUAAGAAGCAGAAACCUGCACCAAAGAAGGGCAAAGGAAAGAGUAAAAAGAGACAAAAGAAAGCCCAAACGCCCGAACCUGCUCCCGAACCUGCCGAGCAGGACGAACAGCCAGGACAAUCUGGGCCCGAGAAAAUUAAAGAGUUUCUUCCAGGCUGGGACUGGUAUCAUUACCAGAACGCUUCCAUUCCACGAGCCCUAUCCUCGCGCAUCCGGCACCAUCUCGACCACAUUGAACGGAUGAAGGAGGCAUGGAGGCCGAAACCUGGAAAAAAGAUGGGCAUGCCCGAGGAUUGGUUUCAAGAGGAGGUGGUCAUUGUCCUCGCAAGUAACAGACCUUGGGAAUCAGACAAGUACGACAGGGAAGAAAUAUUUCGGACUCGUAUGGCAUUCUAUACGGAACCUAUCGGAGAACACCUCGAACGAAUCCCUACUAAGAAUCUGAUCCGUCGUCACCUCUCUACCCGCCUCAGCCAAUCGCUGCUUCCGGAUUUUUGCUUUCAUUUCCGCCUUACCCGUCCAAAGGGGAUUGCUGAAGGUGACCAUAUUGAGAUUUUCCCUUGUCUCGAGCGAUUCUUGGAAGUCGUCAACAUGCCAAUGGGAGAAAACAAUGUCGAAUCCGCAUUUAUUACCUUCUUUACAAAUAUUCCUUUGUGCUGGCUCCUCGUAACGCCCAAGCAACAAUGGUGGGGUCCAAUGACGUUUGAGGACUCACCUUCGCGGAUUGAAUUCGCUCUGGUGCACAACACUAUUCGGCCCUACAAGAAAGAAGAGGUUGAAAUCGCCCGCACUUGGCCCAUUUCGUAUACACGUCCGGCUGUUUUGAUUGCCAUGAAGGGUCCCGUCCAAUGGCCUGACUUUGUUCGAAAAUGGGAUCAAGCGCCACAUUUCGAGACUGAGGAGUGGCAGCGAAAGACGCCAGAAGAGAGACUCAGUCACUGUGUCGAGGAUUUGGCGUGUGCCGUUCAGCCCUCUCUGGAUACCUUUGUCAUGACCUGGUGGCUACGCGUACAGCAGCAAGUUAUCCCGCGCCGAAGCGAGCAGGCUGCCGAAGUGCCGCUUUUCCCACCCGCAGCGGAGGGAGAAAACGUCAAAGAGUUUCUACCUGAUCCACUUGACCAGGAGCCUACGCCUAAGACGCUCUACUGGUGGGAUUUUCCGGAGUGGGGUUGGAUUCCUGGGAUUUUGUACGAUUGGGAGAAGUGCUACCUUGUGGCGCAUAUCCCCAUCCUCCCCGACGAUCCGGAUGGGCCAGAGCCGAUCAACUACGUCUCCUACGUCUUUGACGAGAUUCCCCUCUAUCGCCCAGCAACCGGCGAUGACGAUGAUCGACAUUGUUUGGUCGAGCGGGUACGUCUUGGUUUGGCUUGGAUGGCACUCCAGAAACAUGCAUCAAAAUUGACCUCUAUGUGGGACAACGUGAUGCACCCCAUGGAUAUCAUCAAGUAUGAGGAAUUUCUUGGAAUGGGCAAACACAAGUACGGCUUUGUUGAGAGACCCCCGAGUGCUAUUCGACGGCCUCCGCGCUAUGUCGCAAUACAGGAGCCCUACUACGAACGCAAUGAAGAAGACUUGGAAUCCAUCCGGAAAUACCAGGAAGCUGAUCUUGACGAGAUUUAUACGUUCAAGUCGGAUGAUGCCAGAGCCUAUCGUCGGGCCAUGAAGAAGUCUCUUCCUUAUAUACACAGGAGCGUUUCGAGGAAGGUCAAAAAAUGGCUUGCGGAGGUGGAGAAUAUUCCUUAUGAUCCAGACGAGGAUAUGGACGAAGUAAGGACAACGCCCAAGGACGCGAGCGAACCGACAGCAGACCAGGAAAAAUUGACUAUUUCUGGACGGAAGAGUGAAAAGCCGACCGAGGGUGAACAGGUGCAGGAGGAGCCUGAGGCUCAACAAUCCAUGGGUGUAGAAUCGUCGGCGCCAGAGGAUCGCGGUGACGGCGAGGAAUCGUCGGGAUCAGAAGGUGAUGGACUAGACCAUGUCGCUACCACGUUUAUCAGAGGAAGUAAUCUGACGAACCGACCGGAGCCGGCACGCGGCGGCGAAGGUCAGGAAUAUGACGGAUGA